AUGCCAGGAGAGCUCAUCCGCACCGUCACGGCAAGCCUCUCGCGGCCCAGCAAGCGGAACGCCGACAAAAUGGUUCGCUCCAACGACCUGUUCCUCAUCUCCGACAGCGACAUCGUCUACGAGCAGGAUAUCCUGCGCAAUCCGGGCAGCAUCAAGCCGUGGGUCGACUACUUUAGGUACAAGAAAGCCCAUGGCACCCUGCUGGAACAAGCCUUCGUCCUCGAGCGGGCUUGCUCCACCCUCCCCCGGUCCUACAAGCUCUGGAAGCUCUACCUCGAGCUGCGCACAAAUCACCUCGCGAAGAAGAACCCCGCCAAAUUCGCACCGCACUUUGUCAAGGUCAAUGCCCUGUUCGAGCGCGCCCUGGUGCUGCUGAACAAAAUGCCGCGCAUGUGGGAAAUGUACCUCACGUUCCUGAUGCACCAGCCGCUCGUCACCACUACCAGAAGGACGUUCGAUCGAGCGUUGCGUGCCCUUCCCCUCACCCAGCACAAUCGCAUUUGGGCGCUCUACCGGCCUUUCGCCACUUCGGCCUCCGGUGAAACGGCCGUCAAGAUCUGGCGGAGGUACAUGCAAAUUCACCCGGAGAAUGCCGAGGAGUUCAUCGAGCUGCUCAAGGACAUGCGCAAAUACACCGAGGCCGUGAAGCAGUACAUGGAGAUACUCAACAACCCGCGCUUCAAGAGCAAGGAAGCCAAGGGCCCCUUCCAAUUCUGGACGGAGAUGAUGGAGCUGAUGAUUGAUCACGCAACCGACAUCGAGACCGGCGACGACAGCGGCAUUGAUGUCGAGAAGAUAAUCAGGAGCGGCAUCGACAAAUUCCCCGACCAGCGCGGCAUAUUAUGGGUGGGUCUGGCACGCUAUUGGAUGCACAAGGGCGAAUAUGAGAAGGCACGAGAUGUCUUCGAGGAAGGCGUCACCACCGUCAUGACUAUGAGAGACUUCUCUAUCGUCUUCGACGCGUACGCUGAGGCCGAAGAGACCAUGAUUGGUGUGAAACUUCAAGAUGCAGCCACUCGGUCCGAUAAGGGCAAGGUCGACCCUGCCGCCGACGCGGAUCUUGAUAUUCGGAUUGUACGCUUUGAGUCGCUUACCCAACGACGCCCCUUCCUCCUCAACGACGUGCUGCUGCGGCAAAACCCGAACAAUGUCAUGGAAUGGGAGAAGCGUGUCGCCCUGUGGGGCGAUAACAAGAAGGAGGUCGUUCAGACAUAUACAGACGCCAUCGCUGCCAUUAACCCCAAGAAGGCAGUCGGGAAAUUCCACGAACUGUGGACCAACUACGCCAAGUUUUAUGAGGAAGGCGGCGAUCUUCGCAACGCUCGCGUCAUCAUGGAGAAGGCCGUCAAAGUGCCGUUCAAGUCGGUCGCCGAGCUGGCCGAAAUGUGGUGCGAUUGGGCUGAAAUGGAGUUGCGAAACGAGAAUUUCGACAAAGCUGUCGGUAUCAUGGCCAAGGCGACGCUGGGACCGAAGCGAUCAAACGUAGAUUACUUUGACGAGUCACUAGCACCCCAGCAGCGUGUGCACAAGAGCUGGAAAUUAUGGAGCUUCUAUGUUGACCUUGUUGAGAGCGUCAGUACGUUGGAGGAGACGAGGAAAGUUUAUGAGAGGAUAUUCGAGCUCCGCAUCGCAACGCCGCAGACCGUUGUCAACUACGCCAAUCUCCUCGAGGAGAACAAGUACUUUGAAGAUUGUUUCAAAGUCUACGAGCGAGGAUUAGAUCUAUUCAGCUAUCCCGUCGCAUUCGAGAUAUGGAACCUUUACCUCACUAAAGCUGUGGACCGGAAGCUUGGGAUGGAGCGGCUUCGUGAUCUGUUUGAGCAAGCCGUGGAUGGAUGUCCGCCAAAAUUUGCUAAAGUGUUGUACCUCAUGUACGGUGCUCUGGAAGAAGAUCGGGGCCUUGCACGACACGCUAUGCGGAUAUACGAGCGUGCAACACGCGCCGUUUCGGAUGAGGACCGCAUGGAGAUGUUCAACUUCUACAUCACCAAGUCCGCAUCAAACUUCGGCCUUGCGUCCACCCGACCCAUCUACGAGCGCGCCAUUGAGGCAUUACCUGACAGUGAGGCGGCAGAAAUGUGUCUCAAGUUCGCCGAGAUGGAGAGACGACUGGGAGAAAUUGACAGAGCACGAGCAAUCUAUGGCCAUGCGAGCCAAUUCUGCGAUCCGAGGACUCGUCCUGAAUUUUGGCAAAAGUGGGAAAGUUUCGAAGUCCAGCAUGGCAACGAAGAUACUUUCAAGGAGAUGCUUCGGAUCAAACGGAGUGUUCAAGCUCAGUUCAACACCGAUGUGCAUUUCAUUGCCUCCCAGGCAGUCGCCCGAGGCCAACAGAACGGCGACGCGGAAGCUAUUACCAACGGCGAAGGUCAAGAGAAAGAGGACGCAAUGGCGGCCCUCGAACGACAGGCGCGUGCUCCACAAGGCUUUGUCGCUGCAAGCACAGGCCCCGAAGGGGGGAACAUCAAACCCGCCGAUCAACCCGUUGCAGCAAAUCCAGAUGCUAUCGACCUCGAUGACGAUCUAUGA